CUGGUUGGGCUGUUGCUGCAGAGGUUGAGGUAAGCGUGCGCAGACAGAGCAGAUCGUAAGCGGCUCUACAAAGAGAGUCGUGCACCAGCAGUGUCAUCUCCUUUGAAAAGGGCUUUUUGAUAUUCACUGGACAAAGCAGUCAACACAUUGUAAAACAAUAAUGGUACCCCCAGUCCGCCACCGAUCAAUGCGUGUCUUUUUGAACGGAGACCGCCAUGUCAUGGCCAAACAUUCUACUAUCUACCCAACUCAAGAGGAGCUGGAAAGUGUUCAGAACAUGGUGUCUCACACAGAGCGAGCUCUCAAGGCCGUCUCCGACUGGCUUGAUAAAGAAGAAAAGGGAACCAAGUCUGACUCUGAUGGCACAGACACUGACAAGGAGAGUGAGCAGAAAGAUCUGGCCACACGCACUUUGCGUGGUGUAAUGAGAGUGGGCCUUGUUGCUAAGGGCCUGCUUCUGAAAGGGGACCUGGACUUGGAGCUGGUGCUGCUCUGUAAGGACAAGCCCACUGUCAGUCUGUUGAACAGAGUGACCGAAAACCUUUUCACACAGCUGAAUACUUUAGCGGAGGACACGUAUGAGGUAACCCAGAACAUCAGUGACGCCAGCAUCAUCAUCAAAAAAACGAAGGAGCCCCCACUCAACCUCACGAUUAACCUGACCUCCCCUUUGGUUCGUGAGGAGAUGGAAAAGGCUGUUGCUGAAGAAACGCUUUCAGUCAUCGAUCCCCCGGAUGUUCUGGACAGGCAGAAAUGCCUAACUGCCUUGGCUUCUCUACGCCACGCUAAGUGGUUCCAGGCCAGGGCCAACGGGCUGCGCUCCUGUGUCAUUGUCAUCCGGAUCUUAAGGGACCUGUGCACCCGCAUCCCUGCAUGGGCCCCGCUUCGUGGCUGGCCACUGGAGCUGAUCUGUGAGAAAGCAAUUGGCACAGGAAACCGGCCCAUGGCAGCAGGUGAAGCUCUGCGGAGAGUUCUGGAGUGUGUGGCUUCAGGAAUCCUCCUGCUGGAUGGUCCUGGGCUCUAUGAUCCAUGUGAGAAGGAUCCCACCGAUGCUAUUGCUCAUGUGGACAAGCAGCAGAGAGAAGACAUCACAAUGAGCGCUCAGCACGCGCUAAGACUGUCGGCAUUUGGACAGCUUCACAAAGUUCUUGGAAUAGAUCCCCUCCCAUCCAAAAUACCCAAAAAAGUUCGAACUGAGACUCCUAUCGACUACACAGUGCAAAUCCCACCAAGCACAACAUACCUCCCACCAAUGAAAAGGCCCAUUGAGGAAGAGGAGGGAACUGAAGAUAAGAGGCCAGAUAAAAAGAAGAAGAAGGUGCAGAAAAAAUCUGCAGAUGAGAAGGCUGAACCCCCUCAGGCUAUGAAUGCCCUAAUGAAGCUGAAUCAGCUGAAACCAGGUCUCCAGUAUACGCUGGUUUCUCAGACUGGGCCAGUUCAUGUUCCAGUCUUCACCAUGUCUGUAGAGGUGGACAGUAAAACGUUUGAGGCUUCUGGUCCUUCCAAACGCACGGCGAAGCUGCAUGUCGCUGUUAAGGUGCUACAGGACAUGGGCCUUGCCACAGGAAUGGAAAUCAAAACCCCUGAGCCAACGGUAAAGAUGGAAGAAACAGAAGUAGUGACCACGAUGGAAGAAUCAAAGCCAGUAGCAAUGCAGACUGACGCUCCUGUGGCUGCCACAGGCACAGCCAACACAGACCAAACAGAAGCUGGAGAGACUGCUCGCCAGCAGGGACCAAUUCUGACUAAACAUGGCAAAAACCCUGUAAUGGAGUUGAACGAGAAGAGGCGGGGCCUCAAGUAUGAGCUUAUCUCAGAGACUGGGGGGAGUCACGACAAACGCUUCAUCAUGGAGGUGGACAUUGAUGGGCAGAAGUUCCAGGGCACUGGAUCCAACAAGAAGGUGGCAAAGGCCUAUGCAGCCCUGGCUGCUUUGGAUCAGCUCUUUCCUGAAGGUUUUACACCUGAGGCUCCAAAGAAGAAGAAGCACGCUCAAGGGUAUGGCAUGAUGGGAGGCGGGGACCUCGGCGCCCCCAGAGGCAGAGGGAGAGGACGUGGUCGUGGAAGAGGCAGGGGAUUCAAUAAUGGAGGAGGCUAUGGCCAAGGAGGUAGCUUUGGGACAUACGGCUAUGGGAGCACCACUGACUCUGGAUAUAAUUUCUUCAAAAAUGGUGGUCCACUUGAAAGAACCGGGUCUACGGGCAUCUCAUCGAUAGGCUCUUCGUUCAGCACAGCAGAACCCCCAGCCUCCUACGGGUCUUACUACCAGAGCCAAGGAGCGUACACCUUCUCCUCUGCUAACAAACUAUCCAAAAAGAAACCUCCAAUGGCCAAGUCUGGACAGACAACAAUCCUGGGUCUGUCAAGGGGGGUUACAGGAUCCAUCGGAGGCUACCAGCCGAGCAGCUCGUUCGGGCAGAGCUCCUACAACCAGUACGGACAGGGGAAGAAAGGCUUCAACCAGAACCAGCAGGGCGGGACCAGUGGUUACUCGUACAGCACGGCCUAUCCGAGCCAGGUGACAGGAAGUGUUGGAAGUAGCCUGGACUACAAUUAUGAUGGCUUCAACUCCCUGAGCAGUUACAGCUCCCAGGGAGGCGGCAGCCAGGGCUUCGGUUCCAGCCACAGUCUGUACCACAGCCAAGGCUACAGCAGGGGAGACGGCGGCAUGGGCUACCAGUACAGAUAGACGUCUGACCCAUGGGCGCCCUGCACGUCUCGCGCCUUCUCCAAAGACGGUGAUCCACAACUUUCCCGUGGUCUCUGCCUUUUUCCUCGUCUGCUUCCUGUGCUUUUGGAACUACAGUGCGUUGGCACACCGUGAGAUCUGCAACAGUUUUAAAUGUCAGAGCUAGUGAUCCGAUCUCUUUUGUUUUGUUCAUCUACUAAAUGUUGACGGGCGCUGCAAGUGAUAUACUUUUUGCUUUUUUUCUCCUCUCCUUUUACGUGAAGAUAUUCCAGGACACCCAAAUGGCUCCUCCUUUGCUUAUGUUGCUGUUUGCUGAA